AUACAACCUGUAAAAUUUUAACAAAAACAAGGAAAUGAUUUUCUUCAUUAUUUAUUAAAUUAAAUUCAUAAAACGUGAAAUUAAAUUUUAAUUAAUUAAUUAUUAUUAUUGUUUAUUUAUAAAUAUUGAUUUGAACUCAAAUAGAGGCGCCUCUGUCAUUUUUCUCGUAUAUAUUAAGAUUAGUUUCGUGUUUCCAGAGAAUUUAUAAAGAGAGAGAAACAAAAACAAAAGCAAAAACAAUUUUUCUCUAGAGAGAAGUUGAAGGAGUUAAAACAGGUUAUAAUCAUGGUGGAGCUUCUAAACAUAUUCUCCUCCUCCUCCUUCUAUUGGUUCUGACUGGUGUUGUUUUCUCUCACUCAAGAAGAAGAAGUUUUUAUUAAGAUUUGGAUGUAAAAUGGAUUUUCCCGAGUCUACAAGAAUUGUGCUACAAAGAAUUCAACAACUGGAACCUGAAAAUGUGUCUAAGAUUACAGGUUAUCUUCUCUUACAAGACCUUGGUGAGCGGGAGAUGAUAAGGUUAGCUUGUGGAACUGACAGUCAGAUUCAAUCCUUGAUUAAUGAAGCCAAAAUCCAUCUCAACUUGUCACCUAAACCUUUUGGUUCUUCCCCAAUCCCACCUAGUUUAAUGAGUUCUUCACCCAAUUCAGACCUCCCCCAUAAGUUUACUCCCUAUUCACCUGCUGCCUCCCGUCCAUUCUCUUCUCAUGGGGGGUUUCGUGUUGCUCCUCCUCCACACUGGGAUCCACAGUUGUCUGAUCAACAACCAAUUCAUAAUAUGGAUUUCAUUCCUCCACCCUAUUCUGAAUCAAUCAAUGAUGAUUUCCGCCUCCAGAACUAUGCACAGUUCCUGAUGGAUGAGCAAUUGGAUUCUGUGAAUGGUGGUGGUGAUUUUCCUGGGAGUUAUUAUUACCCUGAUGGGGCAUUGGGUGUUCUUGCACGGAACCGCAGACCACCAAGCUUGAGCUUGCCUGAUUUUCCUAUGAAGGCUUGUCAUUAUUUCAACAAGGGUUUCUGUAAGCAUGGUACCAGCUGUAGAUUCUUGCAUGGUCAAAACUUAGCUGACAGUUUCUCUCAGAUUUUCAGCCCUAAUGGAAAUGACUUGGGUAAUGAGGAUCACAUGUUUUUGCCAGGGUCUCUUGAGACACUUGAAAUGGAGCUUACUGAGCUAUUGAAAUCUAGACGAGGAUUGCCUGUGUCAAUUGCCUCUCUUCCCAUGCUGUAUUAUGAGAAAUAUGGGAGGAAUCUUCAAGCUGAAGGGUAUCUCACUGAGAGUCAGAGGCAUGGGAAGGCUGGUUAUAGUUUGACUAAACUUCUUGCUAGGUUGAAGAACAGCAUUCGCCUCAUUGACAGGUGCGAUCAUCAUGAACUCUUACGACCUCAUGGGCAACACUCUGUUGUCUUGGCUGAAGAUGCCUCAAGAUAUAUGGAUUACAGGAGUGAGAGGAAUGAUCCUGGUACAAUAGUCUCUGGGUCUAGACAGAUUUAUUUGACUUUCCCAGCUGAAAGUACAUUUGCUGAGGAGGAUGUUUCCAACUAUUUCAAGAGCUUUGGUCCUGUUCAAGAUGUGAGGAUCCCCUGCCAGCAGAAAAGGAUGUUUGGAUUUGUUACCUUUCUUUACACCGACACAGUCGAAAUGAUUCUAGCUAAAGGGAAUCCUCAUUUUGUUUGUGGAGCUCGAGUUCUGGUUAAGCCGUAUCGGGAAAAAUCAAGACUUGUCGACAGGAAGUAUAAUGACAAACCUGAACGUCCAAUGUAUUUCCCUAACUUUCUUGAUAUGGAUCACGAGCUUCAAGCAAUUGAGCACUCAAGAUUACUCCGGAAGCAGAUGAUUUUGGAGGAACAAGAGCAAGCUCUUGAAUAUGAGAGGAGGCGCUUGGCAGAGUUUCAGUUAGCAACUAAGCCCCUAGCUCAUACACCAUAUUUUGGUUACACCAAUGAUGAGCUGAGAUUCUCUGAAGCCUGUGCAGAUCACAAUGACUUUCAAUCAGCCAAUCGUUUUGGUUACAUGCUUGAUAUGUUACAGAAUGGCUCUACUAGUGAUGACAAUGCUAGGCACCCCAACAACAAUUACACUGACCAGGAGAGCCAAGGAGGACUGAAUCUACCAGAGAGCCCGUUUGCAACUCCAAUACCAGCUAGCGGCAUUUCAACAGCUACAUAGAGAAAAUAUCAGAAACUAAAGAAAGAAAAAGAAUAUAGAGUUAGAGAAGGAAGGAAUGGGAUUUUAGUUAUGGAUCCUUAUUACUUAUUUUACUUUUUUAUUUAUUUUACAUUUUCCUGACCUAUUGGCAUCAAUCAAACAAGAAUCUUCUCCCUUGGUAUAUGGUGGUAGCUUCCUAUGGGGGGUGAAGAUGUUGACAAAAGAAGACGAAAUGGAAAUACAACAAAGAAAGCUUAUACAUGUAACAGAAGUUUUCACAGAUAUUUUAGAAAAGAAAUGAAGAUACUUUGGGGUUAGCCCUGAAGAUGUUAUUUUAGAUGAAGAAGAAAGAAGAUAAUGUAAUUAUAGUUGGUCUUUUGAGUAGUUAAAGAAGAAAAAAAGGAAACUACAGAUAUGCAGAGAGAAUUCAGAGUGGUAGAGUUAUACUAAAGAUAUGUAGUAGAUGAAUCUUUGCAGUAUUGGUAGAAGAAGAAAUAGAUGGAAAAAUAAUUUUACCUGAAUAUAAUUAGCAGAACUUUCCUGUAAUCAGUGUUUAUGUAGUUUAACAGUUUGGUUUCGUUUUUAUGCAUAAAUGCCAUGUGAAUUUUCAUCCCAA